UUCUGUGGCCGCAACCGACCCGCGCCCACUCCUAUUGGACAAUAUAAUAAUUGUUAUAAUUAGGCUUCAUAUGUUAACAUUCUUGAAUCCAGUUAACAAAUUCAAAUUCAGCUCAUAACGGCUCGCAGAAAAGCUGUUUCACAGCUUGUUUUCUUGAUCUGUCUGCUUGGGAUUCGCUCGCAAACUUGGGUAUCUUUCACAUGUGGCAAUUAUGCUUUGAUCGUUUUGAAUUGUCUGCGGUAAUUGUUUUUAUCUCUUGGGAGAACAUGGAAAACUCUGUUUCUGUGAUGCUAUUCAUGUGUAUUAUUGUAUAGCAUGAUACACUUCUAUGAAUUAUGAAUAUAAGAAGGUUGUUCUACUACGACCUGGGUGUCACGGGUUCAAACUAUGGAAAUAUUCUCUCCGUCACUCUCCCCAGAUCCUGCAUUAGCAGAAGUUGUAUACUGGGACUUCCCUUUUAGGACAAUGAUCUACAAACAAAAAUUUUAUCGCAGGAAUCCCACCAAAACGAUGUGUUGAUAACUUUUUUUAAAAAAAUAAUAUACCACUUUAAUGACCGUGUAGGUUAGUCUUUGGAGUAUUAUCAGAAGUUAUAUUGGUUUACUUUUUUAUUUUUCACUAUUCUUUAUGGAUUAACAUUGGAUUCUUUAUUGUAAUAGUUGAGUCAUUGAAGAAAUUUUUUAGGAUUUUUAAGAUUGGAUGCUUGAGCUUCCGAGAAGCAUAUAUUUUGAAGAUUGCCAUCUUCGGGCUCAACCUUUGAGGUACCCUCAAACAUCUUCAUCUCUUUAGGAAUUCGCAUAUCUUCUAAUAACGAUACCCCAAAGAUGACAAUCAGCAACCUCAAGAUAGGAGUGGAUGUGGUUAGUGCCCAUAACCUUCUUCCCAAAGAUGGGCACGGUUCAUCAAGUGCUGUUGUGGAGCUUUAUUUUGAUAAUCAAAGGUUCCGUACAACUAUCAAAGAGAAAGAUCUGAAUCCCGUUUGGAAUGAGAGCUUCUACUUCAACAUAUCAGACCCUUCCAACCUCCACAAUCUUACUCUCGAUGCCUAUAUCUACAACAACAUCAAUGCCGGUCACACUACGUCCUUCCUCGGGAAAGUUUCCCUCAAUGGGACAUCGUUUGUUUCCUAUUCAGAUGCUAUUGUCUUACACUAUCCAUUGGAAAAGCGUGGAAUCUUUUCACGUGUUAGAGGGGAGCUUGGCCUUAAAGUUUAUAUUACUGAUGAUCCAUCCAUAAAGUCCUCUAACCCACUUCCUGCAGUUGAAGAUACCCGAGCACGUGCCCAAUCAGUUCCAAAUGCUGCACCAAACAUGUUUUCUAAUGUCAAAACUGAGACAAGACGUACCUUUCAUCAUCUUCCGAACACUAAUCAUACCCAACAGCAACAACAGAAUUCUUCUGUUGAUGUUGCAGUACCACAUCAUGUGAGGGUUGAUGAGAUGAAAGCUGAAACCGAGCCUCCGAAGCUCAUCCGCAUGUACUCUGCUUCAUUGGCACAACCAGUUGACUAUGCACUUAAAGAGACAAGCCCAUUCCUUGGAGGAGGACGAGUCGUCGGGGGACGUGUUAUUCAUACAGACAAAGCUGCGAGCACUUAUGAUCUUGUUGAACAGAUGCACUUCCUCUUCGUAAGAGUUGUCAAGGCUCGUGAUCUUCCCGCCAUGGAUGUUACAGGAAGUCUCGAUCCAUACGUGGAAGCGAGAAUCGGAAACUACAAAGGGAUUACGAAGCACAUCGAGAAACAGCAAAAUCCAGUGUGGAAUGUGGUAUUUGCCUUCUCGAAAGAACGUAUGCAAGCGUCGGUACUAGAAGUCGUGGUCAAGGACAAGGAUUUGGUCAAGGAUGACUUUGUCGGCCUUGUUAGGUUUGAGAUCAACGAGGUGCCAAUGCGAGUGCCGCCAGAUAGUCCACUCGCUCCAGAGUGGUACCGGCUUGAAGAUAAGAAGGGAGAAAAGAUAAAGGGUGAGCUAAUGCUAGCGAUCUGGAUUGGCACUCAGGCAGAUGAAGCUUUCCCCGAUGCAUGGCAUUCCGAUGCAGCUACGCCCAUUGACAGCUCAGCGGCUGCCUCAACGCUAAUACGCUCGAAGGUCUAUCACGCACCACGGUUAUGGUAUGUGCGUGUCACCGUUGUUGAGGCUCAAGACUUGGUUCCUACAGAGAAAAAUCACUUCCCUGAUGUGUAUGUCAAGGCACAGAUCGGAAACCAAGUUAUGAAAACAAAAAAUGUUCAGGCUAGAUCAUGCAACCCGCUUUGGAAUGAGGAUCUCUUGUUUGUUGUUGCCGAACCUUUCGAAGAUCACCUUAUACUUACAGUUGAGGAUCGCUUGGGUCCCGGCAAAGACGAGAUCAUCGGACGGACUAUCAUUCCUUUGAGCAUUGUAGAGAAACGUGCUGAUGAUCGGAUCAUCCAUUCUCGAUGGUUUAACCUGGAAAAGCCAGUUGCUGUGGAUGUGGAUCAGAUAAAGAAAGAUAAAUUCUCUAGUAGGCUCCAUCUCCGAGUCUGUCUAGACGGAGGCUACCACGUACUUGAUGAGUCGACUCACUACAGUAGUGAUCUCCGACCCACAGCAAAACAGCUUUGGAGGCCAUCAAUUGGGGUUUUAGAACUUGGAAUUUUAAAUGCCGUAGGGCUCCAUCCUAUGAAAACACGAGAUGGGAAAGGCACGUCUGAUACGUAUUGUGUAGCAAAGUACAGUCACAAAUGGGUCCGGACUCGAACCAUAGUUGACAACCUGUGUCCUAAGUAUAACGAGCAGUAUACUUGGGAGGUUUUUGAUCCAGCGACGGUUCUAACCGUUGGUGUUUUUGAUAAUAGCCAGCUUGGGGAAAAGGGUUCAAAUGGUAACAAGGAUUUAAGGAUUGGGAAGGUUCGGAUUCGUAUUUCUACGCUCGAAACAGGCCGUAUUUAUACACAUUCCUAUCCGUUGCUUGUUCUUCACCAGACCGGCGUAAAGAAAAUGGGGGAGUUGCAUUUGGCAAUUCGAUUUUCGUGUACAUCAUUCGUAAACAUGCUCUACAUAUACUCGCGACCACUUUUGCCCAAAAUGCAUUAUGUCCGGCCUUUUUCGGUAAUGCAACUCGACAUGCUCCGCCACCAAGCGGUCAACAUAGUGGCGGCACGACUAGGCCGAGCAGAGCCACCACUUCGGAAGGAGGUAGUGGAAUACAUGUCUGAUAUGGACUCGCACCUUUGGAGCAUGCGCCGUAGCAAGGCGAAUUUCUUCAGGCUAAUGUCAGUUUUCUCAGGACUUUUUGCCUUGGGCAAAUGGUUUGGGGAUGUGUGCUUGUGGAGGAAUCCCAUCACAACAGUGCUUGUACAUAUUCUCUUUAUCAUGCUAGUUUUCUUCCCUGAACUGAUUUUGCCCACAGUUUUCCUCUACAUGUUUCUUAUAGGAAUAUGGAACUUCCGCUACCGCCCUCGGUACCCUCCUCACAUGAACACCAAGAUCUCACAAGCUGAGGCCGUGCACCCUGACGAGCUCGAUGAAGAGUUUGACACAUUUCCUACAAGUCGGAGCCCGGAGCUCAUCAGAAUGAGGUAUGAUCGGCUCAGAAGCGUGGCGGGUAGGAUUCAGACCGUAGUGGGAGAUAUUGCAACACAAGGGGAGCGAGCUCAGUCGCUGUUGAGCUGGCGGGACCCUCGUGCAUCAGCCAUCUUCGUCACGUUCUGUCUUGUGGCUGCCAUAGCACUUUACGUCACUCCUUUCCAGGUGGUGGCGGCUUUGGCGGGGAUUUAUGUUAUGAGGCAUCCGAGGUUUCGCCAUUGGCUACCGUCAGUGCCGAUCAACUUUUUUCGCCGAUUGCCGGCUAGGACUGAUAGUAUGUUGUGAUUUUGUUGGAUUUGUAUUAGGAGCAGAGCAACAAUGUUGUUGUUACUUGGAAUUAAGGUGACUUUAUUGUAGAACAUCCAGAACUACGAAUAAUUCUUGUAUGGACUUUUAACAUACUUUAUAUAUGUAUAAUAAAUGGUUGUUAAGAGUGGAA